CCCACCCACCGUCCCGGUUUCUGCGCUUUCUACGGCGACUGCGGGCGCAACCCCGAGAUCAACAUCUCCCUGGUGGCCUCGGGCAUCCCCUGCUUGGACAACAGCCCCGCCCGGGUGGCCACGGGGCCACUGCUGGCCCUCCUGCGCUCCGUCUGCCCCGAGCUGGUCAACCCCAACGGGACAACCCACGUCUGCUGCUCCCUCAAACAACUGGGCGACCUCCAGCUCAGCGUGGCCCUCUCGGGGACCGUCCUCUCCCGCUGUCCUUCCUGCGCCCGUAACUUCGCCAACAUCUACUGCCAGAACAUCUGCAGCCCCGACCAGAGUCUCUUCACCAACGUCACCCGCGUCACCACCCCCAGCGGGGCCACCAAUUCUUCCGCCUUGGCGGUGGUGGAGUACCAAUGUUUCUACCGGCGGAGCUUCGCCGACGCCGCCUUCACCUCCUGCCAAGGUGUGCGCUUGCCGGCCACGGGGGGCUACGCCAUCGACACCAUGUGUGGCCGCUACGGCCACCAACUCUGCACCACCCAACGCUGGUUGGACUUCCAAGGGGACAAGAACAACGGCCUGGCCCCUCUCCAGAUCGACUUCCAGCUGGUAGCCAACGGCUCCCAACCCGGGGAGGGCAUCCAACCCUUGGACGGUCGCGCUUGGGGUUGCCACCAGGCUCUGAGCCCCGAGGGCCAACCCUGCUCUUGCCAAGACUGCGCCCAAUCCUGCCCCCCUCUGCUGGCCCCCACUAGCCCACCGCCCCCCUUCCGCCUGGGCAACGCUGACGGGGCUCUGGUGGUCUGCGGGCUGCUCUUCGGCCUCUUGGCCAUCACCUUCCUCACCGUCCUUCUCUGCCGGCGCUGUAGGUCCAAGUCCACCCACCCCAAGCCCCAACCACCGCCGGCCGAUGGUUGCUGCAGGACGUUGAGCGACAGUAGCCACCGGCUACUAGCCUCUGCCUUCUGCUGGUGGGGCACCUGGGUGGCCGGUCACCCCGUGGUGGUGCUGGUGGUGGCCGUGGCGGUAGCCGGAGGGCUAGCUGGAGGGUUGGCCACCUUACGUCUCACCACCGACCCGGUGGAGCUGUGGUCGGCUCCCGGUAGCCGCGCUCGGCAAGAGAAAGCCUUUCACGACCAGCAUUUCGGGCCUUUCUUCCGAACCAACCAGAUCAUCGUGACGGCCCCCGGGCGACCGGGGAUGGGCUACGAGUCCGUCUUGUUUGGAGCCAAGAACUUCAGCGGGGUGCUGUCACGGGAGGUUCUGGAGGCCCUCUUGGAGCUGCAGGAAGAGUUAGCGGCCAUCAAGGUGGUGGCCCCGUCUUCGGGGAAGGAGGUGACGCUGAAGGACGUGUGUUACGCCCCCCUCAACCCCCAGGAGCCCACCUUGGAGGACUGUUGCGUCAACAGCGUCACCCAGUACUUCCAGAACAACGCCACCCGCCUGGCCAUGACGGCCACCCAGACCGACGGCAAGAAGACGGGCACGGCCGACUGGAGGGACCACCUCAUCUACUGCGUCAG